AUGGUAGAGGAGUUAUUGAAGAAAGAACUUGCCACUUAUACUCUUACUUCAUAUGGUGUACCGGGAGGCGGGUGCAUUAACCAAGGCCACGGUUAUAUGACCGACGCAGGACCGGUGUUCGUGAAACGCAAUUCCAAGGAAGAGGCAAAACAGAUGUUCGAUGGUGAAUAUGCGUCGUUGGCGAAACUUUAUGCAACGAAUACCGUACCCGUUCCAAAACCAAUAAAGGUGAUUGAUAAUCCAGCUGGCGGGGCGCUGUUUGUCGCCGAGUACAUCGAACUGCAUGGUCUUUCACGAUUUUCAGCGGAGUUGGGACGUCAGUUGGCCAGGUAA